CUCAUCAUCCGUGCAGUGGUGAAAGAAGCAACAUCUCCUGGUCGCGGUCUUCUUGACAGCAGAGCAGAGAACUGUCGGCGUGCGUGUGACGGCGCGAUGUGGAUUUACGGGCUCAUUUUCGGACUCUUCGUCGUUUCUUGCUCCGAGGGCAGGAGAAAUGCGCUACAGGAUUACCAGAAAACCGAUUCCAUCCAACUCGUGGUCACGUCUCCUGAUGCCUCCCACCUGACCAAAAGCAGGAAGCUGAGCGUGGCCAAAUGUGCCAAAGCCUGCAGCCGAAACAAAAGACUCCCUUUCACCUGCAGAGCGUUCCUUUAUGAUCAUAAAAACAGGAAAUGCCAGUGGCUGUCUUUUGACAAGAACUCCCCGGGAGUCCAGAGCCACCAGAACUUCAACUACCAACUCUACCAGAAGAAAGAUUACGUUAGAGAAUGCAUCGUGGGCACAGGCCAGAGCUACAGGGGCCGGAGGUCGGUGACAGUGAGUGGGAUCCUGUGCCAGGCCUGGGCCUCUCCUAUUCCACACGAGCACAAAUUCAUGUCCGAGAGGUUCAGGAAGAAGGACCUCAGAGAAAACUACUGUCGCAAUCCAGACAACUCCACCGUCGGCCCGUGGUGCUUCACCACUGACCCCCGGCCACGCUACAGGCACCAGGAGUGUGGCAUACCGCAGUGUUCACAGGUUGAGUGUAUGAACUGCAACGGGGAAGAUUACAGAGGACCUAUGGACCACACCGAAAGUGGAAAGGAAUGCCAGCGCUGGGACCUGGAAGAACCCCACAAACACCCGUACCACCCCAACAGGUAUCCUGACAAGGGCCUGGAUGACAACUACUGCAGGAACCCAGAUGGACGCCACAGACCCUGGUGCUUCACCACAGACCCAAACACACCCUGGGAAUACUGCCACAUCAAAGCCUGCGAAACUCCCCAUAAAAGUCAUUUGGUGGAAACCACCGAGUGUUAUCAGGGCCGAGGAGAGGGUUACAGGGGCUCACUCGACGUGACGCCCACUGGACAUACCUGCCAACGCUGGGACUCUCAGUAUCCCCACAACCACACAUUCCUGCCUCAAGCCUACCCCUGCAAGGACCUAAGAGAGAACUACUGUCGGAACCCAGAUGGCCAAGAAUUCCCAUGGUGCUUCACUACAGACCCAAGAGUCCGCACGAUGUUCUGCACCAACAUCCCUCAGUGCGGCGCCCAAAACAAGCCUGCCAGCGACUGCUAUGAAAGCUUCGGAGAGAAUUACCAAGGACAGCAGUCAAGGACCAGAUCAAACCUGCCCUGUUCUCCCUGGAGAGAACACAGCAACAGUGGCGAGAGGGGCAUGCUGAUGACUGGCCUGGAGGGGAACUACUGCAGGAACCCAGAUAAAGACAAGCACGGGCCCUGGUGCUACACCAACAAUUCCGCCAUACCCUGGGACUACUGCAGCGUGAAGCCUUGUGAUGCUUCACAGAACACUAUUCCACUGGGUGAGCUGUCCUCUGUUGGGUGUUUCGUCCAUAAGAGGACCAGGAUUGUCGGAGGAGGCCCGGUGGACAUAUCAGAAGGCAGCUGGAUGGUCAGCAUACAAAAAGGAUCAGUACAUUGGUGCGGUGGCUCGCUAAUACGAGAGGAAUGGGUUCUUACUGACAGAGAGUGCUUCUCCUCAUGUGUUCCAGACCUCAGUGAGUAUCGGGUGUGGCUGGGAGUCUCUGAUAUCCGAGAGGGAACUGCGGAUUGGUCCAAGAGACAGGAAGUUAGCAUCGCUCAUGUCAUAUGCGGCCCCGAGGGCUCCAGUUUAGCCCUUCUGAAGCUGUCUAAGCCUGCGCUCCCUGCAGACAACGUCCACACCAUUCAGCUGCCCGUGGAUGGCUGCUCCAUCCGGGAAGGAACAAUCUGUAAAAUGUACGGAUGGGGAGAAACAAAAGGUACUGGCCACGAUGACGUACUGAAAGCAGUGGACAUGCCCCUUGUUAGCAACACCAGAUGUAGAGAGAUGCACAGAGGAAACAUCCACAUCACCAACACUAAGAUCUGUGCGGGAGGAAAGCGGAAUGAGGGAGUGUGCGAGAGGGAUUAUGGCGGCCCUCUGGUGUGCCAGGACGGGGAUAUUAGAGUCAUUGUUGGAGUGAGCGUCCACGGCAGGGGCUGCGCUCGGGCCAACCAGCCCAGCAUCUUCAUCAACGUGCCCUUCUACACGCAGUGGAUGUACAAGGUCUUCAAACACUACCCCAACCCCGACAUCUAGAGACUCAGCAGUACACAAAUGACAAUCAGGGGACGAUGCGAAACCCACCAUACCCACUUCUGUAACUCCAGCAGUACACUCAGGACGCCUGGCUUCUCUGUUCUGCAUGGCUGUCAAAUCAAUGCGAUGAAGAUGAAGAGGAUCUCGAGAAUCAAAGACUUAAUCGUAUCAUGAACAGGUUUCAGAUCGUUUUUUAGAAUCGAUGGUGAUUAAGAAGACUAAAGUAGAAGACGUAGAAGCAGUUUAUAAUUUAGAAAUUCAAUAGGAAAUCACCUGCUUGCAUCUGUAACAUGUGGAAAAAGGGCAACAAAAUGCAAGCUGAAUGUAACACAAAGACGCCCACAUGAGAGCAGACCAGGCAAACAAGCAUUUGGUUUUUAUCCAUUGUAAUUCUUUUUUGUUUUUUUGGUAGCAAAUCAACAGUCAUAUGUGUCUAUGUGAAUACUCUUAAUUCCUGGCAUUACUUGAAUGUUUUGAACACCAAUGCAGUGGUUCUGCAGCUCCUUUCGUAGAGUACAUCAAUGGGCCACUUACAGAACUAUCCAGCGGUAGGGCAAAGCUGAGGGCACUCUCACCGCGCUCCAUGCAUCUCCAGGGGCGGAGGUAAAGUGGUCCUUACUGUACAUAGUAUUUUAAUGAGUGUAUUUAUCACACUCUUAAUGUAAUUUAGGUCUUAUAGAUCUAUGACAAGAGAACAUAAGUGUUUUGGAAGGAUGAAUAAUUGAUUUCAAAUGUGCUAUCAGUGUGUUUUUGAUUUCAACGAAGUGUCUGUCUCAGAUCAAUGUCAGACGUAUGAAAAGACCGGAUUAUUCACCUUAUUCAGUAUCGCCAAGCUAUGAUAAUACCACUGACUGUAUGUGUAAAGAUGCUCUCUGUUUUCUGGGCUGAUGAGAUGAAUGUACUGUUACCCCGCCUCGGAAGCAUUUUAAAAUGUAGAUGUAAUAUUCUUGUGUUCACACAAGCUCUUUAUAUACAACAUGUUUCCUUUAAUCUGAGUGUGCGUUGAUCAUGGGUGUGUCCGACAGGAUUUCUUUUUUUUUUUUUUUUUUCCCCCUGCGGUAUUGUUUGUAUGCAAAAUGCCGAGAGAACGUGCCUGUGCGCAUGUGAGCUGGUGUGUUCUGGCUCGUUUUGAACUGAAUGAAUUAUCCCCCUUCAUGCAGACCUUGGCAGAACCCCAAUUUCAUUCCACUCCGAGUAUUAGUGUCACUAAGUCUGUUGCUUCAAACUCUGAGGAGGAGAUGGUCUGUGUCACUGCAUUGUCUCUAAUGGGCUUCACUGUGAUGACUGAACGGCACUUGAAACAAAUUAACACACCGCUAUAUGCCAGAGCAAACGACUGGGAGGGCUGUAUAUUAUAACUACAUCGUGUUCGUAUGAGAAAACGGAUCCUCGUGUGUGUGAGUGUGUGAUGGUGUGUGAGCACUGAACGAUGCUGCAAAGCUGCUAUAUCCUACAGGUUGUACAGCACUGCCUUAUGUUUUGUUUGUUUAAUGUACAUUCACUAUAAAGUUCAUUUUAUCACAUAGGCUAAACGUUACACCCAAUUUUCAGCGAUCUUAACAUGCUUUAUGUGCGUCCCUAUAUUAAAUAUUGUUUUUAAUCUGCGA